AGCUGCCGGCUCCCCCCUUGGAAUUACCAGCGGGAGAGGCUCCGCUCGCCUCGGGAAGGGCCCCCGCCCUCGCCGCCACCUCUCCUCCUCCUCCUCCUCCUCUUCUUCCUUCUCCUCCUCCUUCUCCUCCUCCAUCCCGGCGGGCGGUUGCCGCACGCCGAGCCUCAGCCCCCCCUUACCCCCAUUCCCGCUGGAUUUCCGGAGCGGUGGUGGGGUGUGCUGCGGGGGGGUGCGGGAGAUCCAUCGCCCCGCUUGCUGCCUGGUCCCAUGUGAACUGGAAGGCACGGCUAUGCUCCUGGGGACAGCGCGCUCCGCCAAACUAAGGUCCCGGCCGCUACCAUGACUGAUGGCGAGAGCCGAGAGCCGCUGCCGCGCCCGGCCGAGGUGCGGGUGCCCAUCGCCGCGCCGCCCCGCCGCCCCCCGGAGCAGCCGCCGGAGGAUGCGGGCUCUGGCUCCUGCCCCGGCAGCUCCCCCGACCGCGACCCGCCGCCCGACCUGGCCUCCGAGGAGGAGGAGGAGCAGGUGCCUUACCCGGCGCUGGCACCCACCGCCUUCUUCUGCCUCAAGCAAACCACCCGCCCGCGCAGCUGGUGCCUCAGGCUGGUCUGUAACCCAUAUCCUUUCCCCGAGGGACACUACGUUCCCCGGGCUGUUCUGAAACCCCCCUGA